AUGAGCGGGGUGGAGCUCGCCGGCAUCGUGCUGGGCGCCUUCCCAUUGAUGAUUUCAGCGCUUGAGCACUAUCGCAAGACUGCCGAAGUGCUUGAAGGAUGGUGGAAGGUCAAAACCGAAUACCGAAAGUGUAUGCGGAAUCUCAAAUAUCACAAGCUCGCAUUCGAGGAAAACUUAGAGGAAUUGCUUCUUCCAUUAAUUGCCGACGAGGAAAAGCUCCAGCUACUCAUCAAUGACCCAGGCGGCCCUGAGUGGAAGGAUCCACGUUUGGAGGUGGCGCUGACAGAGAGAAUGCCAAAGACAUACUCGUCUUAUUUGGACACAAUUGAGAUGAUGAUGGAAGUUGUUCAAGAACUCAACGACGCCCUUUGCAUGAAUAAGGCUCAAUUUCAAAGCCAAGUCGAUAUUGAACAUAGAUGCGAAACGAGCACGGUCCCAGGCAAAACCAAGUCCUCUCACUUGACCAUCCUAACUACAAAUAUAGAAUGGCAGGCGCAAAGGAUCAAAUUAGCCUUCAAUAAAAAUAUACGGCAAGAGCUAUUUGAAAAUUUCGGAGAUCACAAUGCCAGGCUCCGCGACAUUCUAGGUUCCUCAGAUCGCCUUGCUGACUUGAGGCGGGCAAGAGCGUUGAAGACGAACACGGUUGAUGCAGGCCUGUGGAAAUUUUGGAAGCAUGGGAAUUCUCUGUUUAAUGCUUUGGCUGAGGCAUGGUCUUGCAAGUGUCAAGCUCUCCACCAUGCCAAUCUGCUACUGCAACAUAGGGUCUCCCCAACCGCAAAUUUUAGGGUCGUGUUUUGGUUCAAAAUGCAAUUAGCGGGGGGCCAGUAUCCGUGGACGUGGCAAGCAGCGAAUAUCAAGGAGCUCGAGGAACGGUCGACUCCAAUACCAAUCAAAAUUAAUGACCCGGCUACCAUUCAUCCCGCCACCAACGGACAAGAUUCCACAUCGAUAUCCCCCACUCCAAAGCUCGCCGAGCAGGUGGGUACUCAUUGCAAGGAUAUCCCCAAGCAACGUAGAAAGUCUUUGGUGAGUAAAUUCAUGCAGAUCAAGAGCUCGACGUCUGCUCUCAAGACUCAGAGUGGUGUUGGGACUGUAGAGCUUGUUGUUUACACUCCUCCCACCCGCCAAACAACCCAAUCCAAAGUAUCAUUCGCGGAGGAUUGCAAAUAUGAAGUCACUGAGGAACCUGCAAGUCCUUCCAUCACCAAUCUAUGUACGAAAAUCGCAAGCUGUCCUCCUGAUCUGCCGGAAUACGGUUCCUUAAAAGGAGACUCAAGCCGCUAUACCGUUCAGCCACUUUGCAAGGCGGACAACGAACCUCAAAGUCACAUAAACCUCGAGACAUUGCUCAGUAGCUCGUCUCCUAUCACCAUAACCCGCCGGCAAAGACUCCAAAUCGCACUCAUUCUUGCAUCCUCUCAUGUACAGUUACAUUCGACACCUUGGCUAAAGUUGAAAUGGACCAAGAAAGACAUUUUCUUCCUCUACGACGCUAAAGAAGAGGCCAAUAUUUGCAUCGAUCAACCAUACAUCUCGCGCAACCUUUCAAAACCUCUUCAACAGCAAACAAACCAAGGCCACAUCCCAAGCACGUCUAGUGCUAACACACAUGACUUUCAAGACAGCAUACGGAACCUUGGGAUUAUGCUCCUAGAGCUUUGUUUUGGUACAGCUAUUGAAGAGCACAAGCUCAGAAGAAAUCUCCUUGCUCCCGACGAGCAGGCGGUACAGCUGAUCAACUAUGCUGUUGCAAUUCAAUGGUGUCGAGACGUGCUCGAGGAGUCUGGACCCGAGUAUUCAGACGCCGUGCUUUGGUGCUUGCACCACCAUGCGCCGGAUUGUGACAUAAUUGGGGACAAGCAAGAUAAGUGGAGGGCGGACAUGUUCGCCAGAGUAGUUGAGCCUUUGAGAUGCUGCUAUGAUCAUUUAACGGCGGGUAAGGUUUAUUAA